AUAUAAAAUAAUACGCAACUUGACAUUAAAGCAAAAUUUUGUUCGAGAAAGGAGAAAGAAAUUUUAAGAAGAAACACAAGUAUAUCUUGUUGGCAUUAUAAAAGAUGGAUAAUCUAACUGUUAGACUUCGUCAACUGGAAUGUCAUUUCAAGUGGAAGCUGAAUGACCUUGUUGGCAACAUGACUGUCAUAAACAUAAAUGAAAAAUUGACAGUAUGGAUGAAAACAGCCAAGUCUGAUAUUCAAGAACUAAGCCUUCUUCUUCUUGGAUACAUUUAUAUGACUGGUCUGAAUGACGGUGUGUAUGAGGUAAAUUUAGCAAAAGCAGAAGCAUAUUUAUCAGAAGUAAAAACUAUUGUAUCUCAGAACAUUAUUGAAAGAAUGCCUUUUUAUUUGUUUAUUGCGCUGGAAGCCCACAGAUAUCACGUACUAGGUCAAUUACAAAAUUGUGAAAGUAGAGUGAAAGAGGCAGAAGCUUUAUGGGAAGAAAUUAAGGACGAUCCGGAACAGAUGGCUUGUUUACUUGGAGCCCGCGGGUUUUCUCUAGUCCAAUAUGGAUUGCAAAAUUAUGAAGAAGCUGUACGUUCAUUUGAUAAAGCUCUAAAAUUAAACCCAAAAGAACCCUUAUGGCAUCACCUAAAGGGAUUGUGUUUAGCAAGAUUACGCCGUUAUAACAAAAGUGAAUACCCUACUAAAGAAGAAAUGGAAAGUCUUAAAAAAGCCAUUAGCCUAUCAAAAGAAGAUAAUGUGGAUUACAUCAGCACUUAUGCUUUAUCGCUCUCAAGCGUAUGGUCCAGCAAUAAAAAAGACAAAUUGUUGAAAGAUGAAAUACUUAGAUAUCUCGAUAAAAUGAAAGUAUGUAGAAAGAACAAUGCGUACAUCCUACUAAACUGCGCCAAAAUAUAUCGUUACUUGCAUAAUAAUGUUGAACAAAAAAACUGUUUACUUGCAGCUAAUCGCAUUACUGAAGAAAAAAAUGGGCACGUACUUCAUCAAUUAGGCCUUUAUUUUUGGAAAUCGGAAAAGGACUUUGAAAAGGCAAAAGAAUAUAUGAAAAAAAGUGGAAUAUUUUACGCAUUAGUAGAUUAUUUAGUAUUGAAAAAGACAAACCAUGAGAUUAAUUCUGAAGAGUACCUCAGUGAACUAAGUAAGUUGGAGAAACAGGGAACUUUCACCAAGGUAGAACAAGCACUGAUGCUAAUGUGGAAAGAAAAAGAACUGGAAAAGCAAGGUAAGGAAAAGGAGUUAAGUAGAGUUCGAGAAGCAAACAACAGACUUCAGAAAAUGAAAGUUCAAGAUGUCGCACAAGAAUAGUCAACUAUUCGAUAGCACUCGAGUUUAGGGCCUUUUUUAAAAAAUCAUUGCAUCUUUUGUAUGUGGUCCUAACUCUUUUAUCAGCUUCUGAAAUCCAAAAAGUGAUACUGCACCUUAAUUCGAUGCUAAUGAGACAAAAGCCUUAACAUUUUUCCUUCGACUGUCCAAUGUAUAGGAUGUUUAUUCGGUUAUAAAAUGAAAAUAAACCUAGAAUAAAGUGCUGUAUUUUCACGUUUAAAAAAAUAACUUUUACAAAUUGCUUCCAGUACAUGUAAAAUUUAAAUUUUGGAAAUUGACAAAAACUGUCCAAACACAUUUCUAAAGAGGAGGGGGAAAUCCAGAAAUAUUAGGAUUUUGACACUAAAGACGUGUAAGGGUGUUGUUAUUUAUCGAUCGAAGAGAAAACUGACCCAUUUGAUGAAAGUGCCAAAAGAUUUGGGAGAUAUCAAUACUUCUUUUAAUGGAGGUAAACAAACAAGAAUAAGGAUAAAAAAGGGUUGAAGUAAGAGAAAAUUUGACAAGGCAGAAAUUAACACUUGAAGAUAAAGUGAAAGAGAUCAAUCCAACAGCACAUUAUGUACACCAGAGAAGUUAGAAACAAGCAACAUCAAACCUCUGUUUGUUACUGUUUAUUCUUGAAUUUUGUACUUUAUUAUCAUAUAACUUUUGUACUGUUCACAUUUAGAAUAUUUCUUUUGAAGAAAAACUGUCAAAAAAACAAUACAAAUAAUCAGUAAAAUCAACCUUGUAUUCUGAUUGAUAAAAGGCACAAUUGUAAAUCAUAAUGAUCCAUGAAACCUUCGUUUUGCCUAAAGUAUGUAAUAUAAAACUAGUUUAAUAUAAUUUCUUGUUAUCGCAUAAUGUACUUCAAAAUAAGUAAAUAAAGAUAAGGUUUAGAGUGAGUGUGA